UUCAUACAAGGCAUGCCUCCGGUAAAGGACGAGUCAAUACGAGAAACAAAUUGCCUGGAAAUUAUAAAUAUUGUGGAGAAAAGUCCCGCGAAAAGUACAUUGGUUGAUGUGAGGGCUUGCAAUAAACCUGCUGCCAAGUGUUAGUUACAGUGCGUCAUGUGGGCAGCUGGUUAUGUUGUAUGUGUUCACGAUUAGUUAAGAUGCACAGGACUGUCUAGUGUGGAGUGCCUCUAUGUAGUGCAUGCUUUAGCACCUGAACACGGAGACAUCAUGACUAAUUCACAGGUCUGGUUCCGCGGCGUGCGAAGCUCCAAGUUCCGCCAUGUGUACGGGGUGCCCUCAAAGCGGGAGCGUUGCUAUGACAACAUCAAGAUCACCAGAAACGCGCACGAUUCCAACUUCUGCGCCGUCAAUCCCAAGUUCGUGGCGAUCGUCACUGAGGUCGCGGGGGGUGGCGCGUUCCUUGUCCUGCCUUUGGAUCAUACUGGACGCCUAGAUUUCAACGCGAGCCGCGUCACAGGCCACAAAGGCCCAGUCCUCGACAUCAAGUGGAACCCCUUCAAUGACAACAUCAUCGCCUCGUGUUCCGAUGACUGCACGGUGAAACUAUGGCACAUCCCCGACGGCGGUCUCUCCAUGCACCUGACAGAUUGGUUGGUGGAACUCCACGGGCACAAGCGCAGAGUGGCGUACAUCGAGUGGCACCCUACCGCCGAAAACAUCUUGCUUAGUGCAGGCUUUGACUACUUGAUUUUCGUCUGGGACGUGGGCAAAGGCGAGGCGGUGAAGGUGAUCGACUGCCACAGCGACGUCAUCUACUGCAUGUCCUUCAACCGGGACGGGUCCCUACUAGCCACUACAUGCAAGGAUAAAAAGCUGAGGGUCAUAGAACCGAGGAGCGGGAUCGUGCUUUCAGAAGGCCCCUGCCACCUAGGCACCAAAGCGUCCAAAUGCACAUUCCUUGGCAGCUCAGGCAAAGUGCUAACUACAGGGUUCUCACGCUACAGCGACCGCCAGUACGCCAUCUGGGACCAGCACAACUUGGACAAACCACUGGCCUGCGAGACUAUCGACAGCUCUUCGGGUGUCGUGUUCCCUUAUUACGACCAUGAUACUAAUAUGGUUUACCUUGCGGGCAAGGGCGAUGGGAACAUCCGAUACUACGAAGUGGUCGACGAGGCCCCGUACGUGCACUUCCUCAAUCAGUUUCUAUCCGGCAACCCCCAACGUGGUCUAGGCUUCAUGCCAAAACGCGGCGUGAACACGGCGCUGUGCGAGGUGUUCCGCUUCUACAAGCUGCACACCUCCCGGGGACUGUGCGAGCCCAUCGCCAUGAUCGUGCCACGCAAGUCAGACUGCUUCCAGGAGGACCUGUACCCGGACACGGCGGCGCCGCUGCCGGCGCUGUCGGCCAAGGACUGGCUCAGCGGCAUGAACGCGCCGCCGCUGCUCAUCAGCAUGAAGACUGGAGUAACAAUAUCGACGCACAAGCCACGUACCAGCAAUAAGGACGCGCCGGCGCUGCAGCCGCAAGACGCCAACAACCGCAAGAAGUUCGCCUUCCUGUCCCGAGAGACCACGCCCGACUACCGCCCGCUGGCCACCUGGCAGGAGAACCACGCCAACAUCGACAACGAUAUACAGAUGCAGGUGAUAGAGAAGUCGCAGAAAACGAGCGCGAACCAGAACACAAAGUUCCACCAGCUGCAGAAGAUGUUCGGCAAGCAGAGCGGCGAGGCGGAGCCCGUGCCGCUGUACAAGCAGAUCAACCAGGGCGAUGUGUUCAGUACUGAGAAUGAGUUGCGGCUGGCAUUCAACCGGCAAGGCGAGGAGCUGCGCAUCGUGAAGCGGCAGCUGCAGAACAGCCAGCAGCGCGUGCGCGAGCUCGAGCAGGCCAUCGCCGCGCUGCAGUCGCACAUGCAGCGCGACGCUUCUUAAACAUAAACCCAACCAUGGAAACCUUACAGACACCGUACAGCUGCGUCUUUCGAGCGGUAGCGUCUAGCCUGGGUACCGACAGCACAAUAGCCAUGUUCACGCAGAUCGAGGCACGUCCCGAGACAUGCUUAGACCGAAGCAUGUCUACGUCGGACGUUUGCCGACCUUGCGACAUGCUUCGCUGUGUGGAGAAAUGUGGCCAUUUGAUAACAUUUUGUGAACGGUACUGUCAAAGCCGCAAUAAUAAGGAUAAGAAUGAGAGAUUUGGGUAUCGUCGUGAGCGAUUGGCCACUUGGCAGUGACUUUUCAACCGACCCAAAGCUCUGGAAAUUAGCGUCUAGACGUCAAAGCUCGGGAGGCGCUUGUGGGAUCUCUGUUAGUCGGUUUAUGCGCAGUCGCAUAUGCAGCGCGAUGCUUAAACACGCGCCGCGCACGUCAGUGCACAAUGUAAACUUAGUGAGCGAGGGACUUGGUUAUGCGUAACUAGUGGCUAGGCGGAUAUACAUAUAAGUCUAGUACCUAAUAUCAGUGUCAUCGCCACUCCGUUACGCGUUCCGAGAUAUUACAGUCUGAGCCCAUUUUGGGAGCUGCUUGCAGGAUAACCUUAUAUACAAGGUUUGAGAGUGAUAACAAUGUGACUUACGUUAGCCUAAACGGAAGUGCUUUUAGCUCGUAGUGAAUGCCAAAUGAAACGAAAGCGACACGUUGCUAAUUUCUACCAGUAGAUAGGAUUUCUCAAACCUCUUUAACAAAAGAUCUCAUUAGCAACUCUAUAAACGAUCUAUCAUUCCAUCUGAACUUCUACUACUCGUAAUUUUAGUAGGACUACGUUAGAAAUGGAAAAUAAGUACAAGUUUACAAUGUGCGAUGUCUUAAUAUUGUACUUGCUCAUUGCUACUAUUAUUUGCUAGUAAGAACAUUUACAGACUUAUGACGCCAUGACCUCUUGUAGCCGUAAAGAAGCUUAGUGUAUGAAGUAAAUUGUCUUGUCAUUUUGUCACAAGUAAAUGCUCAAUGGCCACAGUAGAAAAAUAUAGGUCUAUGUGCACUUUAUGCUUAAAAUUUAAAAAUGGCGGCUUCCAAAAAUUUAAACUUUCAUUCAGUAUUAGAUAUCUAAGGAUAAUUGUGGACAGAUCCUCCUAUCCCGUUGAGGUAAGAUUUUCAAACUACUGUUUUGAUAUUGAACAACGAAAAUACACCUUUGAUUAGAUAAGAGGACAUACCAAUGUAUAAGAAUGUCAAGGAUCCUACCCUGAUGAUAUGAAAAGCCUUCUAUCUGUAUGUUGUGAUGGGAUGGAGAAGAAUAUUCUGAUUGGCUUCUUACAUAAAUAAUUACCAUGAAUUAUCCUUUAUAGUUAAUUCAAAUUUCCACAGUUCGCCAAGUUGCCAAAAUAUAUGUUGUAAAAUCUAGAAAUGUUACUUUGUGUAUUGUGUAGCAACUUUUUAUUUCGCCAUGACGAAUCUAAUCUUAAAUUAUCACAAAUGAUGUUUAUAUGUGUAUCUGUUGAUACUGUAAUUCUUUAUGAAUAAUGAUUUACAUUCUUUUAUUAGUGAUUUUAUAGUUUUGAUAAUUAGUUAUUAUUUUUACAAUUAAUGUGCAAUUCAAAUCAGGGUGAAAAAGUUAUGGUUUGUUACGAUCAUGUAAAGGACAGGCACCUUUUUAAGAAGCACAUGAUAAAUUUUAUUCCAAGUGUUAAAGUUAAGUUGACAUUUUGUUAGUGAUUGUUUUAAGAGUCUGAUUUUGAUAAUAGUGUUACCUGUUAUUUUAUAAAUAUGAUGUGUAUGUGCUUUCUAUGUAGUUUUUGUAACAUUUUACUGUAUUAUUCCAGUUUAAGGCAUUUAACUUCUGUUGUAAGUAUGCAAUGAAAUUAAGUCCUAAAUUAAUCUAUUUCAGUGCAAAUAAUACACAGUCCAGAAUGGUAAAGUUACCAGUUUCCUUGAAAAAGAAUCUUGUAGUUUAAAAGAUUUAACCUUGUAUUUUUAAGGUGCUAGUAUUUUUCAAAAAUCUUCUCACUAAAACUUCUAACAUGGCUAGGAAUUUAAAAGUAUUAUGAUGUAGCGCACUAGCUUAGUAUUGGAUUUAAACAAAAUAUAACUUUACUAUUCAAAGGCCCAUGACUCAAAAAUAACGGUACUAAACAUUUACAUUCCAAUUUUAUUUCAGUCUAAAAGGCAUAAUUAUUGUAGUAAGUAUAAUGAAAGUAUUAUGUGCAUUAGCUGGUUUGAUUACUUACUUGGCUAAGUCAGUGUUAAUAUUUAUUAUCAUGUAUUUUUAUAUCAUGCUUGUGUAGCACAAAUUUUCAAAUAAAUGUUUGAACAGUA